ACCAAAAAUGAAAUAAACACCCCCGAUAAAAACACACAAAAAAAUCAAAGAAAACCCUAAACUCAAGCCCCCAAAAUCAACACAUUUCUCAGCAAUCUCAUCUGAAUCCGCACAGUGUUUUCGAUGAAGAUCCGAUCUAUGAAGCUCCGUGAAGCUCACAAGAGCACCGGUGUGGCCUCACAGUCUUCCAUUCUUUACGACAUAAAUGGCGAACGUCUAGUCACUGCGCUGGCCUCGGAUACUUCAAUCUGUAUUCACGAUGCCUUUCUAAGUUCUGUUAGUCCCAAGGUGCUUCGGAAUCAUAGAGAUGGGGUUACUUGUCUCGCUAUUAGUCCUAAUUCCACUUGUCUUGCUUCCGGAUCUAUCGAUCAUUCGGUCAAGCUCUAUAAAUUCCCCGGUGGUGAAUUCGAAACCAAUAUCACCAGGUUUACUCUACCGAUCCGCAGCCUUGCUUUCAACAAAUCAGGAACUAUGUUGGCAGCUGCGGGUGAUGACGAGGGUAUUAAACUUAUUAAUACUAUUGAUGGUUCUGUAGCAAGGGUUUUAAAAGGACACAGAGGAUCUGUUACUAGCUUAUCUUUUGAUCCUAAAGGUGAGUACUUGGCAUCUGUUGAUUCGGUUGGGACCGUUAUAUAUUGGGAGCUACAUAAUUCGGGGAUAAUAGCUCAUAAUCUUAAAGGCCUAGCUCCUUCAACCAGUUCUGACAAUUCUGUUAUAAAUGUAAUUCAGUGGAGCCCAGAUGGUGAGAUGUUGGCUGUCCCCGGUCUAAAAAAUGAUGUGGUUAUGUAUGACAGAGACACGGCUGAAAAACUUUUUACACUGAGAGGUGAUCAUGUACAACCUGUUUGCUUCUUGUCUUGGUCACCUAAUGGGAAAUAUAUGGCUACCUCUGGCUUAGAUAGACAGAUCUUGAUCUGGAAUGUUGAUCAAAAGCAGGAUAUAGAUAGGCAAAAAUUUGAUGAGAGAAUAUGCUGUAUGGCUUGGAAGCCCAAUGGAAAUUCGUUGGCAUUUAUCGAUGCUAUGGGAAAAUAUGGUGUGUGGGAAUCACCUGUUCCUUCAUCAAUGAAAUCACCCACUGAAGGUACACAAUCAGUAAAAAGCAACGGUGUCCUCUUCUUUGAUGAAGAUGAACAAGUACCUAGUGCAUCUGGUAGUCUAAGUGAUAUGGGUGAAGACAGUUUUGAUGAAUCUGAAAUAGCUAGUAGAAAGAGAUUGCGUCAGCAGUCCAAAUAUGAUGAUGCUCUUGAUGAAGACAACGAUGACGAGUUAAACUUCUUUCCAAAGGCUGAGUCACACAAAAAACCUCGUGACGAUGAGUUAAACUUCUUUCCCAAGCCCGAGUCGCGGAAAAAACCUCGUAAGGAGAAACUGGAUAGUGCAAAGGAAGGCCUACAAAACACAAUGGUAAUAAAAGGGCCAAAAUUGCAGGAAGCUUUUCAGCCAGGUGCUACUCCUGUUCAGCCUGGAAAGAGACGCUUUCUGUGCUACAAUAUGCUUGGAAGCAUAACCUCGAUUGAUCAUGAUGGAUACUCCCAUAUUGAGAUAGACUUUCAUGACACUGGCAGUGGACCACGAGUUCCCGCAAUGACUGAUUAUUUUGGUUUUACAAUGGCUUCCCUCAAUGAAAGUGGAAGUGUUUUUGCAAAUCCUCGAAAGGGUGAGAAGAAUAUGAGUACCCUGAUGUAUCGCCCAUUCAGUAGCUGGGCAAACAAUAGUGAGUGGUCCAUGCGAUUUGAAGAAGAAGAAGUGAGGGCUGUAGCACUUGGUAAUUCUUGGGUUGCUGCUGUUACAAGUCUAAAUUUUCUUCGCAUUUUCACGGAGGGUGGCCUGCAGAAACAUGUCCUUUCUCUUGACGGGCCAGUUGUGACUGCAUCAGGAUGUGGUGAUGAACUAGCUGUCGUCACACAUUCUUCUUCACCCCUUGCUUCAAGUGAACAGAUGUUGGAGUUUAAGGUAUAUAACAUUUGUAGUGGGACUCUGUCUAAAAAAGGAAAACUUCCAAUAACUCCUGGUUCAUCUUUAACAUGGUUUGGUUUCAGUGAAGAAGGCCAACUAAGCUCUUUCGAUUCCAAGGGUGUUUUGAGAGUAUUUACAAAACAGUAUGGUGGCAGUUGGCUUCCACUCUUCAGUGCUAGUAGAUUGAAAAAACCAGAGGAGAACUAUUGGGUUGCUGGCCUUAGUGCGAGCAAGUUGUUUUGCAUUGUGUGCAAGUCUCCUGAUACCUUCCCGCAGGUGAUUCCCAAACCAGUUUUGACUCUACUAGAUCUUUCAUGUCCUCUUGCAUCAUCUGAUUUGGGAGCGGACAACCUAGAGAACGAGUUUAUCUGUAAUAACAUCCAGCUCUGCCAGAUUCAAAGUAGGAUUGAUGAGAUGCUAGCAUCAGGCCAGGAUACCUAUUCUCUUGAUGACGAGGCAUUCAGUGUGGAAGCAGUUCAAGAUAGAUGCAUUUUAAGGUUGAUAGCAUCCUGUUGCAAUGGUGACAAACUUGUGAGAGCUACUGAGCUCGUUAAACUUCUUUCACUUGAAAAAUCUGUAAGGGGUGCGAUUAAACUUGUCACUGCCUUGAAGCUUCCAAAUUUAGCAGAGAGGUUUAAUCUAAUAUUAGAGGAAAGACUGCAGAAAGAAAGUAUGGACACCCCAUUCCUUUCCCGUGCAACCUUGAACAACUGUGAUACGUCAUUUAAAGCUGAUAUGUCUGGCAAGACAUCUAUUCUACCUGAAAACAGUGGCAAAGCAUCUAUUCCACCCCCUGUAGAACCUGCAAUUCCAGCAACAUUAGAAAAGUUCCCAGCAAACUCCUUCACAAAGAAAACACUACAAGAGUCUGUGAAAGCUGGUAAGGCAAAAACUGAUGAAAAGCAAGCUGUGAAAGUAGAAAGCAAAGCUACAGUAAAUAAUUCCUCGGAGUCAAAAAAUUCUGUCGACAUCAAGCAUGCCGGACAGACUAGUAAGGUAGGAGAGGGUCAUCGUCCAUCUAAUCCAUUUGCAAAGUCUUCAAACAACCAGGAGAAAUCCAUGGACAAGAAUGCUGGACAGACUAGUAAGGUAGGAGAGGGUCAUCGCCCAUCUAAUCCAUUUGCAAAGUCUUCAAACAACCAAGAGAAAUCAUCUUUGUUAGAUUCUCUAAAAAAGAUGAAAAAUGACAAAACACAACAAAAGUAAGCCGGUGCAGUCACAUCUGCAGAGAGCAGCUCAACACAAGGCCUUGUGUUGCAGUUCUGAUGUCCUGGGUAAUUAUGUUCUUUAAGUUGUUUUGUACUACCAAUUACCCAAGGGUAUAGAUUUUAUUUUUUUUGCAUUAGAAAUAAAAUUUUCAUCUCUGACCAUUGUGUUCAAAAACGUUUUAUGUAUACCAAAAUUUAUAUGUUUUAUAUAUUGUUGUUAUAAGCUUUUUUUACUUUGUCA